AUGAAGCCGGAGGGAGUGCUGACUGGCUUGGCUAAGUUACGUCAGGCGGUGACUGGAGGGAAGGCGAGGGCGAUAUCUGGGGCAGUGGAGGAGCUGGGUAUAGAAGGCGCGCCAAGUUUUGCGGCCUGUUCCGUGGACGAGAAGACGAACCUGCGGGACUUGGACUACUUGGUGAAAUGUGCCGAUGUGGUUCUGCUGGCACUCGGCAAGACGCUGGAGGCCCUGGACCUGCAGGCCUACUGCAAGAACGAGGAGGAGAGCGAGGAGGAGAGCGAGGAGGAGGGCGGCAGUGAAGAUGAAGUGUCGCGAAAAAGACGGGCUGAUGAUGAUAGUGUUAGCGUGUUGGUGUCCACUAUCGCCAGCCAGUUUGCCUCCAUUGUUGUGGCCAUAAAAAUGACCGGAGAUUUUCUUAAGAAUCCCGACCAAGUCGAAACCGAAGGUGAGGCCACCGAGAAGAAAAAAGCUUUAGUGGAAUUGCUGAUGAGCUGUCAAGUGGACCUACCUUUCGUGAACAGGGACAACGUUGCGCUGCACACAGAAGCGUGGGUGGACACCUGCAAGAAACUAAGACACAAUCUGAAACCCCUAAUCUCCAUGAUCGAGCUGAUUAGAGAAAAGGUGCUGGUUUGUCUAGAUCUGGGCGCCCGGGAGCUGGAACCUUUCUGGUCUAUUGUCCUUAACACGAACGAGGAGCCAAGCGAGGCGAGUGAGGGUGAGGCGAGUGAGGGUGAGGCGAGUGAGGGUGAGGCGAGUGAGGGUGAGGCUAGCGAUCUGAAGUCGACGAGUGACGAGAGCGAGGAGACUGACACUGACAGUAACGACGGCAGUGACAUUGGUAGCGAGCUUGGUAGCGAGGACGCGUUGCUGAGCAACGACGAGAUUUCGUCUGAUGAGGUGAUUGGCGCAGAUGAGGACGAGAAGUUGUUGAGUAUUCUGUCGAUGACGGAGGAAGAAGAGAAGAUGAUUGUGGCGAAGCGGCGGCGUCUGGAGGAGUUGAAGAAGUUGCAGCGUGUGGAGUUUACGGAGGAGGAACUGGCGGAGAUGUUUGCCGCACGGCUCAGGGCAGCGAAGACGAUCGAGGCGGUGCUGAAGAAGACGGAUCAGCAGCUGAAAAAGGGCGCUGAAAAAUUUAACUUUGUGGCGACACUGGAGCUAUUCCAAGCAGUGGUAUUGCCGACCAUCGGUUUGUUUGCGGAGAUUAUAAAUCACAUUGGCACUCACCCCACCUGGGAAAACAGACUGAAGGAGCUGUUGACUGCCAGCAUACAUCUGGCCAAGAAGAUAUUGGAUUGCAUCGUCUCCCAAGUGCAGCUCGAGAAGCCGGCGAAAAAAGCAGCCAAGAAAAAGAUGGAUGGUGCGAACAAAGACAAGGAGGAGGAUCCGUUACAGGUGAAGGCGGAGAAAGUUGCUUUCGUACUCUAUGCCAUAGCGGCUGAGCAGCUCGUGAUCUUCUUCCGGGAACGGUCCCGUUUGCCUGGUGAUACGUAUUGGGCCCAAUUUGUCGCAGUGCUCCAGAUCGUUGGCGCGUUCUGCGACUGGUCGUGGACGGCGCGAGUUAAGUUGGCUGACGCGGCCCAUUACCUGCUGAGCUUGUCGGGCCAGAAGGACGGUUCGUACGAAGACCCGGAGUUCAGGAUUUGGCGUACCACGCUCCUCAAAUGCGUCUGCGUACAUCCUCCCAAGUUUGCCUGCCGACACUGCGUCGGUAAAAAGGAUAGCGGCGCCUGUCUACACGCCAAAUCCGCCACCGAGGCACUUUGCGUCAAAAUCCUCGCCGAAGGCACCCUCAGCCACCGCACCUCCCCCCUCAACUGCCUCAAAGCAUUAAAAGCCCUGCAAAUACAACUGCCUCCCAUCUUCUACGCACACUGCCUCAAAACUUGCGCCAAAAAACGAGAGGUCUGUAAAGCAAUUGCACACCUCAUCAAGUAA